GUUUCAAUUCAGCCAGGGCCGCCCGCCGCCCCUGCGGAUCUGCGGAGGUUUCUCUGUUGCGGGAUCGUCGGGACCGGUCCGGAAGCUGCUUCAGGAUGCCUGUAUCACGUUUUGCCAGCCGACUUCGGAAAGAUGUAAGCAUUGAAAUGAUCAGAACUGAGAUUGCUCACAGAAAGUCACUAUCUCAGCAGGAAAACAGAUACAAGGUACAUGAGCGAAAUAGACGCUUUGGUUUGAAAGAUGUCAACAUUCCACUGGAGGGUAAAAAUCUUGGUAAUAUACUUGAGACAUCCCAAGACCUCGCUCCAGAAAAGGCCUGCACCAAAACAAGGUCAGCGAAUAUGGUUCUGAGUGACCAACGGAAACAGCUUCUUCAAAAGUACAAAGAAGAAAAGCAGCUUCAAAAAUUAAAAGAGCAACGAGAGAAAGCUAAACGUGGAGUAUUUAAAGUUGGUCUCUAUAGACCUACUGUGCCUGGCUUUCUCAUUGCAGACCAGAGGAGCAUUAAAGCUGAACCAGAAAAGGCUUUUCUGUAUAGUGGGAGGAUAACGAGAUCAAAGGCCAAAGUGCAUAUGGAACAGACAAAGGUAGACAGCAAGAAUGUUCCUCAAGCAACCCGAUAUGGCCAAAGACAACCUUCUGAGAAGAAAAUAGUGGACAGAGAGAAAAAAGCUGCACAGCCUCUGGUGUCCAGGUCGGGGACAGUGACCGGAUCAGCUUCUAUUCAGAGUACAAAGCAGGUUGCCCGGACAGUCUCCUCUACUGUACGAAGGCCAGUCACAAGGGCUGCUCACGAGACUGUAUCAGAAAGAAUGGGACCAAGUAGAGGGAGACCCGUAAAAAAGGAAGAAGCCAAGCCUGACAAGGUCAUUUCUUCUAAAGUUGAGACUGAAAAAAAGAGUUUGGAUUCACAAACCAGUGUAACAAAUCAACUGGAUCCAGGUGGAGUCCUCCAGGAAAUGGAAAGCUUGCCUAAGACAGUUCCUGCAAAAGUGAAAGAAAGAGAUUCCUUUGCACCUAAGCAUUGGGUAUUUCAGCCACCGCGUGGGCUGAAGAUCUAUCAAGUGGCUCCCAUGAGUCCUAGAAGUGCCAACGCCUUCUUGACACCCAGUUGUGAUUGGAACUUUUUAAAACCAAAAGACAGUACAGCUCAAGAUACAGCAAAUGAAAUCUUGGUACAGAAGGAAUCAAAUAGCUCAGGAUCUGCUGUGGAGUCACUAACAGACAGUAGUGAAGAGUAUGGCUUAAGUCAAAGGGAAGCUUCCACUUGCAAUUCAGACCGACUUUCCGUAAAGAGCGUCACGUCACUUGAAGGAGGUGAAGGUCAGCCACAGCACGAUGUGCCCUAUUUCAGAAAAAUCCUCCAAUCAGAAACUGAGAGAUUAACCUCAUACUGCCUGGAGUGGGAUAGGAAGCUGGAACUGGACAUUCCUGAUGAUGCUAAAGAUCUUAUUCGAACAGCAGUUGGUCAAACCAGACUCCUCAUUAAGGAGAGAUUCAAACAGUUUGAAGGACUGGUGGAUAACUGUGAAUAUAAACGAGGUGAAAAGGAGACCACCUGUACAGAUCUGGAUGGAUUUUGGGAUAUGGUUAGUUUUCAGGUAGAUGAUGUAAAUCAGAAAUUCAACAACUUGAUCAAACUUGAGGAAUCUGGAUGGAAAGAUGACAAUCCAAGUAAAAAAGUUCUCCGGAAAAAAACUGUGCCUGGUAGAACAACGAAAGCAAAACAGGAUGAUGAUGGACGAAUAGCAGCUAGAAACCGUCUGGCUGCCAUAAAAAAUGCAAUGAAAGAGAGACUAAGGCAGGAAGAGCAUACCCAAGGGGCAACUGUGAAAACACCAAAGGAAGUUGACAAAAUAGUGUUUGAUGCUGGAUUUUUCAGAAUUGAGAGUCCUGUUAAAUCAUUUUCAGUACUUUCUUCUGAGCGUCGUUCUCAAAGAUUUGGAACACUUAAUUCUGCCAACAGAGUUGUGCCUGAGAGCAGGGCUGCAGGGGACCUUCUAAGACAAAGGAUGUCACUGGAGAAGCCUGAUCAGAGCAGCGAAAGUGAACAUGUUGAUAAGACGUUGUUUUCAGAUACUCUUGAAAGCAGGUGCAGUCGUGUAGAAGACACUCCAUGUCCUAGAGAACAAGAUCCAAGUGACAUAGACCGUCCAGCCCCAAGCUGCACCAGCCCCUGCCGGCAGGAGGAGACCAGACAGCAAGAGCACGCCCGACUCUUCUCCUUUGGUGAUGACCUCAUCGUCUUCUCACCUCUAAGACCCCAAAGUAAAGAACACCAGGAGGACUCUUAAUUUAAAGAUAAUUCUACACAGCUUUUACUUCACAUCCUUAAUUUUCCGAUGUGUUCUUAAGCUGCUGGAAAUUUUAGAGCUAUGCACUGGUAUUCACUUCUGUUUGUCUGUUUAUAUUGUAUCACACAAUGUUUUAAUGUUCAGUGUUCAUCAAGACACACUUUAGGGGUAAGACUGUAAAGGCGCUGCAGGUUAUUUAAAAUGUUAAAAGUGAAGCGAGUAUUUGCAUCUGCACCCUCAUUUUGUACUUUUUCAUUUGGGCUCCUGUAUCUGUUGACAUCAAAUAGCUUUGAUUUCCUACAUUCCUUUAGAUAAAGUUUUCUGGAUCAUGAAGUCCAUUUAUUACAGUUACUUUUCAAUCCUUGCUGCCUCUGGUAAUUUUCCCUUUAACAGAGCCAACUACAAUUGAAAAGAUUGUUGGGGAAGGUCUUUAAAAAAAAAAUGUUGAAAUUACAGGAUAUUUUGUGCUGCCUCAGGUGGCUGUCCUGAGCAGUGUACACACUUAAAAACAGUCAUCACUCCAGCCCUUUUCUUUUAUAAACCCUUAACUCUGUGAUUGUAAAACAAGGGAGACGGCUCAGAAGAUAAAGGCACUUGCCGUCAUACCCACGAGUUGUUCUCCAACUACCACAUUCGUGUAGCAUGUGCCAGCCCUUCCUUCACACACAUAUCCCACCCUGCAGAAGAUAAACAGAAAGUGCAGUGCUCCAAGCAACAGCUCGCAGCAGCAAAUCCUGUUAGCCAGACCCUGUGUUGUUGGUCUGAAUAUGAGCUGAGCUUUGGAAGAAGACAUUCAGCACAAUAGUAAGAAUCUUGUAGGUUUAGGAUUAGGCAUUUUCAAGAGAAACCUCAGUCUGCUUUUUUGUUUUUGUUUUGAGACAGGGUUUCUCUAUGUGGCCUUGGCUGUCCUGGACUCACUUUGUAGGCCAGGCUGGCCUUGAACUCACAGAAAUCUGCCUGCCUCUGCCUUCCCAGAGUGCUAGAAUUACAGGCUCGCCUCACUGUGCCCAGCUCUCAAUCUGCUUUUGAUGUCAGAAGUAGAUGUGUUUGGCUUUGGGGAAAGACGGUAUUUAUUAUGAAGCCCAAGCAAUUUAUUGGAACGUUACAUAAGGUGUUUGCAUAAGAAAAUAUUCGUAGACUGCCUUCCCUUUCCAAAAGAUGAAGACUGAUUGAAUGGCCCAGUAGUGAGUGAUGGAAAGUUAUGGGUGGUGAGGUUGUUUGAUGGGUAAGGAACCAAGCCUGCUGACGUGAGGCUGAUGCCUGGAAUCUACAUGGGGGAAGGAGAUACCCAGCUCUCUGCAUGUUCAGGUGUUGAUUGAAAGCGCUUGCUUUUGCACACCUCUUGAUUUCUGUUUUUCCUGAGAUGCUAGCUUGUGGCAUUCACCAGUUUAAAGUAUUAGAGGAGAUAAUAUUGUAGAACAAGGAGAAUUCUGACAUUUUCCUAAUCUGUGAGCUUGCUGAUAGCAAAGUUAGAAAGGUUAGGUAUGAAAAGGUGUACAUAAAAACCAAGACACAAAGUCGCAUUGGCAUUGAAUACUGAUUUGAAGGCAGUGACCUGUGGCUUUAAAAGAAAAACGGUUUAAAACAGCCUACACACCAGAUUUCAGGACUGUGUCCAUGACUGCCCUUUAAACCGAGCCUGAGAUUGAUUGCAGUGGUGCUGGUGUGAGCAGCCUGCUCCCUGUUGUGUAGAACAAAGCCUACAUUGCAUGUCACCAUGUGCAAGACAGUGUGCAGACUCAGUGCUGGCAGCAGCCUCACAUCUCCUGUGGCUGAAUUGGGCUGAACCUAGGAUGCAUAAGUGCAUAAGUCUGGUUUCACCUGGAACCACCCAACAAUGAGUGCUCAGUAACUGGCAUCCCAGUUGCCAGCAAUGAGGGUCUGCUGGGGAACUGUCUCCACUCUUCUCAGUGUAUUUCGGGAUGGUUUGUAAAGAUUACAUGUUUUUCUUUACUUACACUGCUCCAAGAAAAGCAUAGAAAGACAGGCAAACGAAGCAGGCAUCGAUGGGCCUGACCGCAAAUCCAAGGCCUGAGUGGACAACUCCACACCAUCCCCUCUCAGAAGUCAAAAGGGCAGGAGCAAGGGCACAGCAGUUAAGAGUAGGAACUACUCUUGCAGAGGACCUGAGUCUGGUUCCCAGCAUCAUAGACAGGCGGCUUACUACCACCUGUAACUCCAGCUCCAAGAAACAGCUGC